UGUCCGAACAGCUGCGAAGGCAAGAGCGAGCUACAAUGGACAGUGAUGUUUUUUACAGCAGCAAGGAGCUGAAGCCAACCAAAUUGAAUCUUUUCUGCUUUUCACUGGAGGGCUCUGUGGACAGUUUAUAUGAGCCAGUCCCAGAGCAGCAUGCUAAUAAAGAAAGCACCUCUGGUAAAAUUGGUUCUCUCAUUUUAUCCUUUGGGGAGAGCAGAGAAGCAUACAACAAUCUUUUCAUGGUCAAUCUGGAGAUCUAUGUCUGAAAAGAAAGGAUUUGAAAGGAAAACAGUCAAUGAUACAAUUUGGCAGGAAUCCUGCAAGCCUGAGAAUGAUCCCCACAUCAGAAGACUCUGUCAGCUAAAAGAAGCUGAAGAUACAACCUUGGUUUCCUAUAUGAAAUUAUCCAAAUUUCAAGAAAAGAAAGUUAAUAAUAUUAGCAUAAGGAAGAAAGAAAAAAUAGAGUUCAGACUGGAUUCUCUGUCUUCAUCACUGUUUAGAUCCAACACUUCAACUGGAUGCAACUUGGCAGAAAUGUUAUCUUACAAUGAAGGUAAAAUUCAAAUGUACAACAAUUGGAAGCCUUUUCCAGAUAAAACACUCUGGACAUGUGCUGAUUUGGAAAUUGCCCAAGUAGGACCCCAGGACAACGUUUUUUGCCGUAAUCACCACCCACGUCUCAAGUCUUCUUGUACAGAUAUAGAGGUGAUGCAUGAGUGGCGCAGCAGCAGCUUUGGGAAUUUUGACCGUUUUCGGAAUAAUUCCAUAACAAAACCAGAUGAUUCAACGGAGGUGUAUGAGGGGGAACUCAUGAAUGAGAAUGGAGAACAAAAUAAAAAUACAAAUAAUGGAAAAGGUUUAGGUAAAAAGAUGAGAGCCAUUUCUUGGACAAUGAAGAAAAAAGUGGCUAAAAAGUACGUCAAAGCCCUUUCUGAGGAAAAGGAUGUAGAAGAUGGAGAGGAUGACCUCCCAUGUCGGAACAGUGACCCCAUAAUUGGGACACACACAGAAAAGCUUCCCCUCAAAGCCAGUGAUUCCAUGGAUAGUCUCUACAGCAGGCGGAGCUCAUCAAGUGGCAUAACAAGCUGUUCAGAUGGUACGAGUAAUCGGGACAGCUUUCGACUGGAUGAUGAUUGCCCCUACUCUGGACCAUUCUGUGGCCGUGCCAGAGUGCAUACUGAUUUCACACCAAGCCCUUAUGACAUUGACUCCCUUAAAAUCAAGAAAGGAGACAUCAUAGACAUUAUUUGCAAAACACCAAUGGGGAUGUGGACUGGCAUGUUAAACAACAAGGUGGGAAACUUCAAAUUUAUUUAUGUGGAUGUCAUCUCAGAAGAGGAAGCAGCCCCCAAGAAAAUAAAGGCACACCGAAGAAGUGGAACAGAAAAAUAUAAGACUCUGCAGGAAUUCUUAGAGGGGAUUCACCUUCAGGAAUACACAUCAACACUUUUGCUCAAUGGUUAUGAGACACUAGAAGAUUUAAAGGAUAUAAACGAGAGUCAUCUCAUUGAAUUAAACAUUAAAAACCCAGAAGAUAGGAUGAGGUUACUAUCAGCUGCUGAAAAUCUCCUUGAUGAAGAAACUAUUCAAGAGCAAGAAAAUGAAUCUGUGUCCCUAUCCUUAAGCCCAGACAUCUCCUUAAAUAAGUCACAGCUACAUGACUGCCCAAGGGACUCUGGUUGCUAUAUCUCAUCAGAAAAUUCAGAUAAUGGCAAAGAAGAUCUGGAGUCUGGAAAUCUGACUGCCAUGGUGCAGAAGAUUGCUAUCACAGAAACCAGUGACUGAGCACAUAUUCUAAACUCUGUAUCUGCCGCUGCAUUCCCUCUUAACUCUUCCUGAGCUAAAAGAUCAAAUAAGAAA